GCAAGAAGCUCAAUCCGAUCACUCCAGUCCCAAAUCAGUCAAUACAGACCAAACUAAAUCAAAAUGUUCAAGUUGGUGGUAUUGUCUGCUCUCCUCGCCGUAGCCGCUGCCCGUCCCGGUCACCUGCUGGAGUCCUCCCCCGUGGUGUAUGCCGCCCCGUCCACCACAACCAUCGUGCAGGAGCCCUACCUGGCCAAGGUUGGUGCCGUGGUAAAGAGCAUUCCCACCUCUGUCUCCCACCAGAGCCAGUCGGUGGUGCACAGCUCUGCGCACGUCGUCGAGGAUGUUGUCGCUCCCGUGGUAAAGACCUACGCUGCUCCCGUUGUCCACACCAGCUACGCCGCUGCCGCUCCCGUUGUCCACACGAGCUAUGCCGCUGCCGCCCCUGUUUACCAGACGAGCUACGCCGCUGCCGCCCCUGUGGUGCACACCAGCUAUGCUGCUGCUGCUCCCGUUGUGGCCGGCCACUAUUCUGCAGUGGCCGCCUCCUCGCCGCUGACCUACACCGCCACCGGUGUGUGCGAAUCACACUCCGAGUCCAUCUCUUCUACACGACACAAGUCCCCCCAGAAGCCUCUCCCAAAAAUGUUCAAAUUGUUCGUUCUCGCUGCUCUGCUGGCCGUUGCUGCCGCCAAGCCCGGCCAUCUGGCUGCCGCUCCCCUCGUCUACAGCGCCCCAGCCACGACCAUCGUCCAGGAGUCGUCGCUGGCGAAGGUCGGAGCCGUGGUGAAGAGUGUGCCCACCGCCGUCUCGCACCAGAGCCUCACCCAGGUGCACAGCACCCCGGUCGUGGAGGAUGUGGUUGCCCCAGUCGUGAGGACCACUGCUGUCCACUCCGCUCCCCUUGUGGCUGCCGCUCCCAUUGUCAAGACUGUGGCUGCUCCCGUCGCCUACUCCGCACCGCUGACAUACUCCGCGCCCGUGGCUUACUCCUCACCUCUGGCCUACUCCCACCCCGUGGCCUACUCCUCACCUCUGGCCUACUCCUCCCCCGUGGCCUAUGCCGCUGCUCCAGUCCAGUACCACGCCCCCCUCACAUAUGCCGCCCAUGCCUGGUAGAAAGUGGCCAAAGGUGCGCGAACGAAAGAUUUUGAACAGUUUGCUUGUUGUUGGCUUGUGUCCCUCGAAAGAAAUAAACAAAAUUCCAAAAUAUAUAACUCCAAUUCCA